GUCUUCAUAGAAGAACAGUGUCAAGGUCACAUUCAGCACUUCUCGACCAAUAAGAUCGUACACAUUCUCUCAGUGACGUAAUAAAGGAAAGAUCCAGACGAUUUGAUCACACAGGCUCCAUACAGAAGAAGAACAAUUGGCAGCGAGGAUCAAAAUGAUGACAACGUUGAUACCAUGCUUUGUAUUGCUGAAUAUCAAUUUGGCUUUUGGACUGGCUAGUGUUGUUGACUGCACAACCAUUGAGUGUCCUACAGGAGAAACUUGCGUUCAAGAUGUGGUAAUUUGUAAGAAGCCACCAUGCAAACCGCCGGAACCACGCUGCGUUCCUAUAUGUAUGGCCCCAGCCGAUCCCGGUCCCUGUGAUGGCUUUUUCCCAAGGUAUUUUUUCGACAGCAAAGCUUGCCAGUGUCAGAAAUUCAUCUACGGGGGCUGUGGAGGAAACGCCAAUAAUUUUAAAACACUGGAGGAAUGCCAACAGACUUGUCCCGUAACGUGUGAUCAUAUAAAGUGCCCUGACGGAGAAACGUGUGUCCUUGACAGAGAAAUCAGUACAGAAUCGCUGUGUCAGCCGCCUAUACCACGGUGUGUCCCGAUCUGCGAGGCCCCACAAGAUUCCGGACCAUGUGAAGCCUACAUGCCAAGAUAUUUCUAUAAUAGCACUGCUGAACAGUGUCAAAAGUUUAUCUACGGAGGCUGUGGAGGAAACGCCAAUAAUUUCGAAACACUGGAGGAAUGCCAAAAGACUUGUCCCGUUACGUGUGAUAACUUAGAAUGUCCUCCAGGAGAGAAGUGCGUUCAGGAAACAAUUUACUGUUUUGCAUACCCCUGCCCCCAGCCACCUGCCAAAUGUGUCAAACCAGAGAAGCCUUGUCUCAGAAGUGACGGGAGGUACGACGAUCCUCUACUAGAUAGUAAUGGUGAUCCGAUCUGCUGUGGUAUGUGCCUGAACAAACAGGAGUGCCCGAAGGGUUACUACUGCGACAUUCACCCUGCUGAUGCUUGGGCUGUGUGCUGUCCGAAUGAAACGAUUUGUUCACACUGGCCCCACAAAGAAGAAGUGCAAUCGGCAGCGAGGAUCAAAAUGAUGACAACGUUGAUACCAUGCUUUGUAUUGCUGAAUAUCAAUAUGGCUUAUGGACUGGCUCGUGUUGGUGACUGCACGACCAUUGAGUGUCCUACAGGAAAAACUUGCGUUCAAGAUGUGGUAAUUUGUAAGAAGCCACCUUGCAAACAGCCGAAACCACGCUGCGUUCCUAUAUGUAUAGCCCCAGCCGAUCCCGGUCCCUGUGAUGGCUUUUUCCCAAGGUACUUCUUCGACAGCAAGGUCUGUCAGUGUCAGAAAUUCAUCUACGGUGGCUGUGAGGGAAACGACAAUAAUUUCGAAACACUGGAGGAAUGCCAAAAUGCUUGUCCGGUAACAUGUGACCAUAUAAAGUGUCCUGACGGAGAAACGUGUGUCCGUGGCAGAGAAAUCAAUACAAAAUCGCUGUGUCGGCCGCCUAUACCACGGUGUGUCCCGAUCUGCGAGGCCCCACAAGAUUCCGGACCAUGUGAAGCCUACAUGCCAAGAUAUUUCUAUAAUAGCACUGCUGAACAGUGUCAAAAGUUUAUCUACGGAGGCUGUGGAGGAAACGCCAAUAAUUUCGAAACACUGGAGGAAUGCCAAAAGACUUGUCCCGUUACGUGUGAUAACUUAGAAUGUCCUCCAGGAAAGAAGUGCGUUAAGGAAACAAUUUACUGUAUCACCUACCCCUGCCCCCAGCCACCUGCCAAAUGUGUCAAACCAGAGAAGCCUUGUCUCAGAAGUGACGGGAGGUACGACGAUCCUCUACUAGACAGUGACGGUGAUCCGAUCUGCUGUGGUAUGUGCCUGAACAAACAGGAGUGCCCGAAGGGUUACUACUGCGACAUUCACCCUGCUGAUGCUUGGGCUGUGUGCUGUCCGAAUGAAGCCUAACAAGGCUCUGUGGACCAUAUAUUAUACACUUAUAUAACCCUUGGUGACAGGGAAUCAUAAAUGUAUGACGCGUUUCAGCAGUAAAAAAUAUUCUCCUCUUGGUUUUAAAGCGUUAAGCUUUUAUUACGAUUUAGUAUUUCUUUUUUUUUUUAAUUUAAUGAGUUUCCCCUUAACCAACUUGAUAUAAGAUAUCAAAACUUUGCCCAGCGUUGCCGUAGGAAAACCCGUAUUUGAGUAUUGUGUCCCAUUCGGGUAACUUUUUAAACGGAGACAGCAGCUGGUAAAACUCACUUGUAACAAGAUAAAUUACGAAUUCAGAACUCGAAAACGGGUGCAUAAAUUGUUGUUUCCGUAACUUUUUGAUAUGGUAUACCUUUGUGAUGAAGGGAUGAUUGUUAAGUUUUUCUUGAUUAUUAUUAUUAUUAUUAUUAUUAUUAUUAUCUACACAAAUGCCAAAGGCGCCUUUAAUUAAAUGGGGUUAGCUUCACCUUUUAAAAUAAAUAAAUGUGAUUAUUUCUUGUAAAUCUAUAUGUUAAAUCAUUGGAAAAGGUAUUACAUACAGCAGAAUCUUGUAGUCGCUUUGUUUUAAUAGGUCAAAUAAGCUAGGGUAUUCUACAUGUAUGAAGAUUUGUUUUUCAGUUUCUGCAACUGUCCCAACAGCUGCAAUAUUUUAUCACAUUUCUUGAUCUGAAAAUAAAGCUUUUCCUUUAAACUGUAGUUUUUGAUUUACCAGUAAAUACAAGGCUAACCAAUACUUUAUCAGACGCUCCUACGAAAUUUAAAUGUUGUUUGCACAGCAGUAAAAUGACCAAUUUGCAGCUAC